GGCGGUCAAAGUUAGAGGCCAUUUGUGUUAUUUUGCGGAGAAUGCAUCAAGAUGAUGGGGCGAGAAGUUCCAUCAAGAUGUUCGCCAAUAUAUUUAUUUCGUUUAUCGGCGCUGGAAUUUUGGGAAUGCCUCACGCUUUUAAAGAGGCAGGAGUUAUCGAGGGAAGUGCGAUCAUGGCAUUGAUUGGUACUCUAAGUGUAAAAGCAAUGUUACUGAUUAUUGACUGCAAGAAAAAAUUAACAUGGAAAAAAAUGGACCACGUAAAUGGAGCCGUAAUUUCAGUCGAUGGAAAGGUUGCUUCAGAGGAGAAAGAAUUAUUGAAGUCCGCUGAAAGUGGAGAAGUAACAGACAAAGUAAUGGAAGAAGGGGUGGAUGAUCACCUAAGUACAGCCCAUGAGAUUGAUUAUGGAGAUCUUGGUUUUCAUGCAUUGGGAAAUUCUGGCAGAGUCUUAGUUGAUACAAGCAUAGUAAUUUCUCAAAUAGGAUUUUCUUGUGCAUAUUUAAUUUUUAUCUCAGAUACCCUUAACAGCAUGUUGCCAGUUCUCAGCAAACACCAAUACUUAAUGACUCUUCUACCUCCACUUGCUGUUUUGGUAAACUUCAGACAUUUAAAGAAAUUAGCUGUAUUCAGCCUUUUUGCAGAUUUUGCCAAUGUAUUUGCCUACUGUGUAGUCUUUUGGUUUGAUUUUGCACAAUUUGAGAAAGUCAAGAUUCACCCACAAAUCGCUAGGAUAAGUGGGCUUCCAUUUUUCUUGGGAGUGGCAAUAUAUUGUUAUGAGGGGGCAGGAUUAAUAUUAUCAUUGGAAGCAUCCUGUGCUAGAGAUUCACGAGAUAAAUUUAGAUCAGUAUUUAAGCUGACAUUGUUCUUAGUCACAACACUGUAUAUUGCCUUUGGUGCCUGUGGUUACCUGUCUUUUGGAGAACUCACACAGCAAAUGAUCACUCUUAAUUUACCUUUUGGUCCUUUUCCUGCUGUGGUUCAAUUGUGUCUCUGUUUCUCAUUAUUUUUUACAUACCCAAUUAUGAUGUUCCCUGUAGUGCUAUUAUUGGAGAAGAAACUUCUUCCAGAUGGAGGGAAAAGCAGUUAUUACCAAGGGACUAUUUUACGAGCCUGUGUUGUGGUACUAUCUGGCAUUGUUGUGCUUGUUAUUCCUAACUUUUCCACGCUCAUGGCAUUCUUUGGAUCUAGCUGUUGUACUCUGUUAGGGUUUGUUUUACCUGGAAUAUUUCACUUGCGAAUUUUUGAAGGGCAUCUCACCAAAGGGGAAUGGUUUAUUGACAUAUUAAUCAUAUUUCUUGGAUUAGUUGGUGCUGUUAUAGGAACAAGAGAUGCUCUUUUGAGGCUGCUGUCUGGUUCAUAGUUUGGUAGUGCUUUAUCUCAGACAUGAAACAGAGUUUUUUUUUUAUAUGUUUUGUUUAUUUAUUCAUCAAAAUCCAAACCUCCAAGAAAAUAGAAUUAAAUAAUUCUGAAAAGGAGGACAAAAUAGAAGAGUGAUAGAGAAUUUAAGAUAUGACUGCAAAAAAUAUGUAUCUCUUAAACAAAACUCUUUAAGUCAACUUUUAGUGGAAUUGCAGUUUAAUUCAUGAACAUCCUCUCAUAUAAAACUAAUUAUUAGGCAAUUGUCAGUAGAAAAUAGAUGUUUAUAUAGUUAAGAGAUCAUUAUUUUUAGAGAAAAGCUUGCAAUAUUAGCUGUGUUUGAAAUUAACGUUGAUUCCAGAUGUUGUUUUUCUCAAAGUGCUGUAGAGUAUUCAGGGGGUGGGGUGGGUGGGUGUGUUAUGUGCUUCUUCUGUUUGGUGGAUACUGUAUAUAUCUGUAAUUCAAAAUAACCAUUUCAGAACAAGUAAUAGGUCAUUAAGAGAUAUUUCACACUGUACAGAUAUUUUUCCAAUUUAUAGGCAAAGGGUACUUGUCAACAUAUGAAGGGCUAAAUUAUAUUUUUCGAAUUGACAAAUAAAUGUAAUUUACAAAGAAAGUAACAAUUUUACCUGCUAUACUGACAGAGGGGCAUACGCAAAAUUAUCCUGUGACAAACAUUUUCAAGCAACUUUUCUUCCCUUUCUUUUUAAGGAAUGUAAAGAAAACAUUUUCCUAUUCGGAAAACCAUAUUUUAAAAAGCAGGUAUUUUUUUCUUAAAGAACUCGUUAACAAGCCAAAUUUUAGGUAUGACCUGCAUAUUAUGUUACAAACCGGAACAAAGAUGGAGGAGGUAGGGGGUUGGGGUAGAGGGCCGGCAUCUUUUAUUUAUCACAUGGUAUUUUACAGAAAAUUAGGUAGUUUUUAAUGUAAAGAUAAUGAAUCUUCGUGUAGGUAAACGAAUAGCAAAAUAAAUGCAGCUGUAAAUUC